CUUUCUUUUAUUAUUGCCUCAGUCUCUUUUACUUCCCAUUAUCACAUUUUACCUCUUAAUCAUAGAGGUAUCUAUCUCAUGUUCUCUUUCACCCAUUCAAAUAUUCGUAUAAGUUUGUCCUCGUCUCCGUGAGGUGCCAAGCAAAUAUUUCAUUAUUUCCGUUCUGAUCAGCCAAUUCAAGUCUUCUUUUCAUCGGCAGUACGUAUCUUUCAGUUUACGUCCCUACAACAAAUAAAUUACGUAUCUUUCAAUUUAAAUCCUUCGUUCCAAAACAAAGCGAUUGAUGAGUGGAAGUAAAUUCAAGGAGAACAGAAACGAGGAGGACUCUAACAACGUAGAGGAGCAAAUAGCGGUGCAAGACAGGGUACAGGAAGACAGUGCACUUGAUAUGAUUGUACCGGAUGCAGUGCCGUACAAGGCGCUAUUAGACAGAAACAAGCGUAUACUGAUCGAUACCAUUAUAAUGGACCACAUGCUGUUUAGCUGUGCAACAUCCUCAGCGCAGGAAUAUGCCAGGCUCACCCAUGCAUUCCUGCCGCGCGACCUCCGCUUCUUCGAGCAGCUCAAAGAAAUCAAGAAGUACAUUCUGCACGCCAAAGAUCCGCUGAGGUGUUUGAAGUACAUCACACACCAUUUUAGUGUGAGCGAUGACGAUCUGCACACGUUGACAGAACUGCACGUUAAGAUACUUUUUCUGCAGCGGUUGAGAGAUGAGGGCAAUCAGGCAGCCCUUAACCUUGUAAGAGAGCUCAGAAAGAAAUACGAAUUUGUGCUUGAUAUCAACGUGUACUCGCUUAUAGGGUACACCACCAUAAAAAAUGAUUUUUAUGAGCACAUGGUGAGCGAUGAGAAAGUGGCGGACUUUGUGGAUGAGAUUAAUUCUGUGCUGUGGAGCAGUAAAUUUGGCAGGAAGCACUCCUUGCUCAUGUGUUUGGUGGAUGGUUACAAUAAAAAUAAGUGAUGAUAGC